AUGUCCUCGUCCAACCAGAAACCGUAUGUCCAGUCGGGCGAACCGCUUCAGGAUUUCCUUCGUUCCUUCUGGCAACGUCAAGUCGAUGCAGCAGAACAAGAGACCCCCGACUACAGGCACCCGCCUCUGCCACUCGCACGCAUCAAGAAAGUCAUGAAAAGCGACCCGGAAGUAAAAAUGAUCGCUGCAGAUGCACCCAUCCUGUUCUGCAAAGCAUGCGAGGUCUUCAUUGCGGAGAUUACUGCACGAGCCUUCAUCAUCGCCGACUCUAACAAACGGCGAACCUUAUCUCGGGCAGACAUUGCCAAGGCACUCAGCAAGUCCGACCAGUUCGACUUCCUCAUCGACAUAGUUCCUCGCGAAGAGCCCCUUCCCGGUGCCCCUAAUGCCGGCAGGAAUCAAGGCAAAAAGGCGAGUGGCUUACAGACGAAGGCUGAUGUACGUGCUCUCCACCUGUGCCGGCAGAUAUCCAUGGCCUUCGUCCAAUCAUAUACAUGCACUCCUUCCCUAAUUCAAUAG